AUGGAAGAUCCCCGGAAUAUAUUGCCACCAGGAUAUCCAUCGCAACAGCUUCUGGACGAAUCCAGUGGGCUGUCAAGGCUCAAAGAGCCUCUUUCGGAUUCUACGGGUAACGCUCAGCUUCACGAGCUGGCGUCGGUAAAUAUAUAUCAUGAUAGCAAGAGACAUCCCAUGAGGGGUCAAGAAAGAUCAAUGUAUUCUAUGCCUACUCUACCUUCACAACCUCUUCGCCCACCUGCAGGCAAUACGCUGGAACUUCGUAAACGACAAAAUCGGCAACAACGUUUCAAUAGACAUAGCAAUCGCAACCCAAUAGUUGAUUCGCCUCAGUAUCAAGCAUAUCGAGCUCGGGCAAAUCGAGAUGGAAAUCCCGUAGGUGACUCGAAAUGGCCUGAGGUUCUCGAAAAUGCCUUUCUUGAUGCUCUUCUUGCCAUCCCUUAUAUGGCAAGACGAAAAUUUUCUUUCGGGGGUAAACUUCAUGGUCGAAAUGAGCUUAUCAAAGAAUAUCUUUGGAUUGCAUACAAGAAUACACUCCCUCCCGGUCAACGUCCGGAUCCCACUAUGAUGCGCACGAGAAAGCAGGUUUCUAGUCACAUUCAAGUCAUUAAAGGAUUUAUGAGCCCUCAUCCUGCGCUAUAUCAACGUCUUUUCCCCCUGAGCAAGGGUCCCAAAAAUGGAUUCGAAGAUUCAUUCAAGAAGGACCCUACACUUAUAGCACUUUCGCAAGGUCGACUACCUAGCAGAAGUUAUGAUCAAUAUGAAGGUCUCCAACAAAUAAUACUCAGCAAUCAUCAUCCUAUGAAGCCUGCUGCAUUCUGGUUGCUCAUGACACCCUUCGCUGUACCAAAUGAACGAAAUGGAGUUAUGAAAACCGAACAAGAUCUUCGACGAGAUGGUCUAGUACUUCAUAGGUACUCCGGUCUAUCAUCACCAAAACCACGCGGAAGUCUUGAAUCAAUACUCCACUGGCGACAAAAGUUUCCUCACCUGGCACAAUUACACUCUACCGGUGAUCUGAAUUGUGAUAUAAUUCAUAUGGAUGUAUCCUUAGAUUUGAUGAAAACACAUGCUCCAGAUAAUAGUGAGCUAUUGACUCGAUUGGAGGUGUCUAUACCAAGCAGAGACCUUGCUGGACUUCGUUGGCAAUCUGUGACGAGCCUAAUCAAACCUGCAGAUCUCUAUGGCGACCCUACGAGAGACCCUGUCUUGGAAGGUACGGCGUUACCAAUGACAGUCCUUGGAGGGGCCGGCAACGAGGUUCGAAUCAAAGUCGCUAUACCUGCCGAGACUUGGGCGUACACAUUUACACAACUCAUGAACCUUCAUUUUGAAAUUGAAAAGAACCGCCUUCCACAAUCAUAUGGAGGAGAUGGCUGUCCCACAAACUCCAUUCGAGAGUAUGUUGAUCAAAUCUCAAUGUAUCAAGAACUACAGUCUUCGGCAGGUGAACAAUUGUCGUUCAUUCGACGAGCCAUUCUCAUCUGGACAUUUCACAAAGCUCGCAGCGGAGAAGGAAACGACACCACCUGGCGCUAUAUCGAUCCCGCUCCCCCACGUCACAUGUGUAUGUCACCAUCACCACACCCCAGCAACCAUGGCCUUACCAAUCUCGAACAUUACAAUUCCUGGCCCGAAUCGCCUCUUCACCUCCAACAACCCAGCCUUCUCAACUCCUUUGUCCAAGGUCUUACUACCCCUCCCCACACAGCUAGUCUCCAAUCUCCUUUCGAUACAACAGGUUAUGCAUAUCCUACCCAGCAUUUCGAUAUGUCCAACGAGAACAUCAGUUUUGUGUCCCAUGUAACUGUGGACAGCGAGUCUACACUUGUAAAUGAAUCCGAUCCUACGAAUCAAAUCGAUAGUUUCCUCAGUAAUUCGGCGGGGAUUGGCAUGGGAGCUUAUGGGGAUGUGAACGGUCAUUAUUAUGGACAUUUACCGACCAAUACUGGUACUGCUAACGAAUCAUUCGAUGCGGAUCCAGCGUGGGCAAAUUAUUCCGUGCCGGCUGGUACGCCUUGGAAACAUAGUGAGGAGGAUAAAGGCUUAGCGUGGCCAGAUACGAGCACGCAGAUCGAACCUACUAAUAAAGAUGCGUGGACGAAUGAAACACAACAGCAAAAACAGACACAAGCAGCAUGGAAUGAAGAUGAGAUUGAUUUUGAUGGUGUUCAUGUUAAUGGGAGGGAUAGUGUGCCGGGUAAACAUGCAAAUGAGAUGCCUUGGUCGGAUGUGGUGAUGAGUAGUAGUCGGAGUAAACAGAAUGGGAAUGGGAGUUAUGAGAGCAAUAUUGAGAGCAACAUUGAGUCGAAAUUGUUGCCAUGGAUUGAACAGGCGACCGCGGAAGAAGAAGCUCAAGCGCAAGCUCGAAGAAAUGCAGUGGAUUAUGGGGAUGAUGUUCAAGCUGUGGGUCUGGGUGUAGAUGUUGGGGUGGAUGUUUCUGGGAUUGGGGUGCAGCUGGAGGGGCAAGUUGAUGCGGGGGGUGUUAGUGAACACGAGGAUACUAUUACGAAAGAGCAGCAGUUCGAACAUCACGAUCAUGAUCACGAUACGCAUGAACAACAUCAGCAUCAGCAUCAUCCUCAACUGCAUCAACAUCUGCAUCAACACGAUCAAUUGGAACAAGCGGAUUGGCCGCCACGCCUCAAUGAUAUCAAUACCAUUGGAGCUGGAGUCGAUGUCAAUGUCGAUAUCAAUCAUUCCAACGGCUACGCUUUCGAACACAUGGAAGAACGUGUCUCAAUCAAAUCUUAA